GUUUACUAUGCAGCUUUUGUUAUACGCACACUGUAUACUGUUGUGAAAUGUGAGGCUAACUUCACAUAGGUCUAGUGACACCAAUUGUUACGUAAAUUCAAAAAUCAAAAUCCCCAGUGUUUCUACACCAACGAAAAUUGUGUGGUUAGAAUUAGAAAAUGAUGGCAUACCGGCUUUUAAGUACAAGCAGAAAAUUGGAAAGACUAUUGUUGAAAAGCGUAAGAUUAAGAACAAGUGUAGAUCCUAAGAAUUUAUCCGUAAUUAGAACAGCUUUAAACGAAUGGAGAUUAUUCUGCGAACAGCCACCGAAAGGUUUUGAGAAAUACUUCCAGAACGGAAAGAAACCUCCGGCAAAGGAGGCUGUCGAAGCGAAGGACGCUAAAGGAAAUGAAAGUAAAACUGAACCUAAGUCACCUCCACCGCCACCUCGACAGCCAACACCACCGAGUGGAUCAAAGUCAUACGAUAAUUGGUCAUUUGGUUUGUUUGGUGGUACCGGAUCAAGAGGAAGUGGCGGAAAACCUCCCUUCGGUGAUGGCGAUAAGGACAAAUGGUAUCUUCUGGGAGCCGCAGGUGCGAUAGCGCUUCUUGCAGGUUUGGGUUUCUGGGAAAUGGGCUACAAGGAAGUGGCUUGGAAGGAGUUCGUUCAGAAUUACCUCGCGCACGGAAUUGUCGAAAAAUUAGAGGUGGUCAACAAGAAAUGGGUACGCGUGCGCUUAUCCGCCGGGAAUACCGCCGACGGAGCUAGCUUUUUAUGGUUUAAUAUUGGUAGCGUGGACUCGUUCGAACGUAAUUUAGAAAACGCACAAGUCGAGAUGAACAUCGAACCGCCCAACUUUGUGCCGGUCAUCUACAAAUCGGAACUGGAGGCGUCCAGCCUGUCGGGCGUCCUCCCGACGCUACUUAUCAUCGGAUUUCUGCUCUUCAUGAUGAGAAGGUCGGCGGAAAUGAUGGGCGGUCGCAAAGGACGCAAGGGGGGAGGAUUGUUUGGCGGCGUAAUGGAGAGCACGGCGAAAUUAAUUAAUUCUAAUGAAAUAGGAGUCGGGUUUAAGGACGUUGCGGGCUGUGAAGAAGCAAAGAUUGAAAUUUUAGAGUUUGUUAACUUCCUGAAGAAUCCUCAGCAGUAUAUCGAUUUAGGUGCUAAGAUUCCUAAGGGCGCCAUGUUAACAGGUCCUCCGGGCACAGGGAAAACUCUACUGGCAAAGGCGACAGCCGGCGAAGCGAACGUUCCUUUUAUAACUGUCUCGGGGUCGGAAUUUUUAGAAAUGUUUGUCGGCGUAGGACCGUCUCGCGUUCGCGAUCUUUUUUCGAUGGCGCGAAAGCACGCGCCGUGCAUUUUAUUUAUCGAUGAAAUAGACGCGGUCGGUCGCAAACGUGGCGGUCGCAAUCUUGGAGGUCACUCCGAGCAGGAGAACACCUUAAAUCAGUUGUUAGUCGAAAUGGAUGGUUUUAACACGACGACGAACGUGGUCGUUUUGGCCGCUACGAAUCGCGUGGAUAUACUAGACAAGGCGCUGUUACGACCCGGUCGAUUUGAUAGGCAAAUUUUCGUUCCUGCGCCCGACAUUAAAGGGCGAGCCAGUAUAUUUAAAGUUCACUUAAGUCCUCUCAAGACGGAACUGGAUAAAAACGGACUCGCACGGAAGAUGGCGGCUUUAACGCCGGGUUUCACUGGGGCCGAUAUCGCUAAUGUAUGCAACGAAGCGGCGUUGAUCGCUGCUAGGGAUUUAAACAAUUCCAUAAUCAUGAAACACUUCGAGCAAGCCAUCGAGCGCGUAGUCGCCGGCAUGGAGAAGAAAACGAAUGUUCUUUCACCCGAGGAGAAGCGAACCGUGGCAUACCACGAGGCUGGCCAUGCGGUUGCGGGCUGGUUUUUGCAGUAUGCAGAUCCCCUGCUUAAGGUAUCCAUAAUUCCCAGGGGAAAGGGAUUAGGCUAUGCCCAAUAUCUACCUAAAGAUCAAUAUUUGUACACAAAAGAGCAAUUGUUUGACAGAAUGUGUAUGACUUUGGGAGGUCGCGUCUCGGAAGAACUCUUCUUUGGCAGAAUAACGACGGGCGCGCAGGACGAUCUUCAAAAAGUUACACAAAGUGCCUACGCGCAAAUCGUACAGUUUGGCAUGAACGAAAAAGUCGGUAAUGUUAGCUUCGAUAUGCCGAGAGAAGGUGACAUGGUAUUGGAAAAGCCUUACUCCGAGAGCACCGCGCAACUCAUCGACGCGGAAGUACGCAUCCUAAUUGAGAGCGCUCACAAACAAACCACCGAGUUACUGAAAAAACACAAAGCGGACGUGGAGAGAGUGGCGGAACGGUUACUUCAAAAAGAAAUAAUCAGCAGAGACGAUAUGAUCGAAUUGUUAGGCAAACGGCCGUUCCCGGAGAAGUCGACCUAUGAGGAGUUUGUGGAAGGUACCGGUUCAUUCGAGGAGGAUACCACUCUUCCGGAAGGACUACGCGAGUGGAAUAAACCAAGAGGGGAUGCCAAUCCUCCUCCACCUAAAGAAAGUGUAAAGCCUCAAACAUUGUAAACAAUUAGUGUAAAGAAAGGACCAUGAGAGCAUUCAUGAAUUGAUAGUCUUAAAUAAAAUAUUUGUUGAUACAAUA